AUGUCUGAUGAAACGUUUUUUCCGAUAAAGGACCUGAAGCCGCAAAUGAGCAACCUGUGCAUACAGUGCCUUAUCGUGAAGUUUAUAGAGGACCCCCCAGAUCACAUAAACAACAUAGUGAAAUACCACUACCUAGUGGCAGACAUAAGUGGGUCGGUCAUUUUGUGUAUCCCCCGCACGCUCAUAGAAGAGGAACUCACCAGAAAGAAUGUCGACGUAUUCAAUGAUGACCUGGACGAUGCGGUGGAAUGGUACAGCGGCAGUCCGCUCAAUCUGAACGACCAUGUGGGUAGCGGCACGAGUGAACAUACAAGGUUUUCCCAUGAGAUGGGGAAGAAGCCUCACAUCGGGACGAACAGAGUAAACGCGUCCAAUUUGGCAGGCCCAUCCAAUUUGACCCAAAUGAACAGCCUCAAAAGCUGCAAGUACUUUUUCAGGGUGGGGGAUAUCCUGAUCAUUUACGGGGGCGUGACUACGUGGUCCAUGGGAAAAAUGGUUGUCAUGCCCAGCACGAGGACCAAGAAGGGAGGCCCGCAUGAAGUCAGAGGGUCCAUCCAGAAAGUAGGCUUCUUCAACAUGAACGUGAAUCUCGAACCGAACGUCAGCAAUAUGAUAACUUCGACGACGGAGAAAAAGUAUCAGGCUGGGGGGGAGGGUGCCGGUCAGGCAAUUCGGAGUGUCCCCCCAGGGAGGCAGGCGGAUGGAGGGAAAAGUAACAUCCAACGCGAGUUUAUGCGCGAAGGGAAGGACAGCAAGUAUGACAUUCUUCCCCUUCUGCGGGGAGAGGACAUGUAG